AUGUUCGCCAGAAACCCCAUACACUACACCAGUGGAAUUAAUCAGAGGUUUUCAGACAUCGAUUUCGCAGGAAUGGACAAGGAUGGGUGUGUUGCAUUCAUCGAAAGGUUUAUUGGGGAAAUGUGUGAGAAGCUCUAUUACUGCGAACCUGAUAUUGAUUUUCCAAAAGGUUUGACUCUAAUUUGCAAUGACCCCGAUUAUUACGACUUCAUAGCAAUUGCAUAUGAAUGUGGUGUUAUACUCCCUAUGUAUGUAGACCAUUUAGGGAAUAGUAACAUACAGGAAUGGUUGGAUGAACACAAAGACGAGUUUGUUGGUAAUGUUGAGGAAGAAGUACUUGAUGGUGCAGAACUGGUUAAGGAAGUUGGACCAGGGCAUCGGGAUGUGGGUGACACAAACGAUGAGGAAGAGAAUGGCGACGAUGAUGACGACGAGGAUGAGGAUGUUGAUGGUGAUGAGGAUGACCAUCAGAAGCCUCAUUUUUUAUAA